CUUAAAAAUAGUAGGUCUAUUUACGUCAGUUGCUAAAAAUAGAAACUGAAGUGCGCACCUUGAAGAUAAUAAUAUAAGCUAACAGAACUGUUUGUCUUACGCUUUUACUACAAGGUCAAUAUAUUUCCCAAUCAAGUUCUUCAAAUUUCUGGAAGCUAAUGUCCAUGCUAUAUAAGUUCCCGACAUUUCGUGUUGAGUACAUUAGCAAGGAACUUCUCUAACGUAUGUGGCAAGUCAUAUCUGCAAAGCCCAGCUGGGGAACUGAAACAUUCGUCGAUCUUAUUGAUUAUUGGUCAGCCGAGAAGAGAGGCACAAACAACCGACAACAUGCCAACCAUUCCACCACCAGGAGAUCUGAGAGAGCUGAAAUCUCUGGCUUCCCCACCCAAGGCUGUGAUGCAAGUCUUCUCGGCUCUUUUGGCACUACUGGGCCACAAGAAAAGCGACGCAGAGGUCAAAGAGACGGUGAGCUCUCUCCCUUCAGAACUGACAGCUGAACAACCGACAGAACAGGCGGCUCAACAAUAGAGAGAGAAAGAGAGAGAGAGAGAGAGACAGAGAGAGAGAGAGAGAGAGAGAGAGAGUGAGAGAGAGAGAGCGAGAGAGAGAGAGAGGGGGGGUAGGGAGAGAGAGAAAGAGAGAGAGAGAGAGAGAGAGAGCGAGCGAGAAAGCGUGUGUAUUCUUUUGAGUUUUUCUUUAAAUCUCGCUUCUUGCUUUCCUCUCAAUAAAUCUUGCCUCAAUGAUAAAUAUUUUCCCUAUUCCAACACCCCCCCCCCCUCCCAGAGUCUUGUUCUUAUUGUUCCUACCUGUGGUGUUAACCAUGUUCAUACGUUAUGUAUACAUGUACUUUUUUCAUUGAUUAAAACCAGUGAUAUUUCCAACUUA